AUGUGCGGCCCCUUCAAGAGCAUCGGAGGCAUCCUGCGUCUGCUGGAGAUGAUCUUCAGCGGCGUCGCCCUCAUCCUAGUGCUGUUCCGGGGGGGCAUGGGAAGCCCCUGGGGCGUCUGGUGCGACUUCGUCUGGCUCUUCUGCUUCCUCAUCCCGCUGCUCAUCACGGUGGCCGAGGCCCUGAAGAUAAAUGUGCUUAUGAAGAUGUUCCUCCCGGAUUGGGACGACCUCACCUGCGGCCUCACCAUGAUCUGCACGCUGAUGAUCGCCUCUGCCAGCAUCAUCUACGCCACCGGCUACGCCUGCUUCCACUGUGUGCUCAGCAUCCUGGUUGUGACCUUCUCCCUGGCCGCCACCGCCGCCUUCCUGGUGGACGCCAUCCUGCAGAAGCUCAAGUGUCCCAGCGGCUACCUCUCGCGCCUCAGAGGCGUCCUGCGCUUCACCGAGGCCUUUGUGGCGUGCCUCCUGCUCACCGCCGCCACCAGCUACUUCCUGUACGUGGACUGGUACCACCGGUCGGCCGGCAUGAUGUGGGCGCUGUUCGUGUUCACCGUUUGCCUGCUGGCCAACGUGGUGCUGAUCCUGUUCAACCUGGUGAAGCUGCUCCGCGACCUCCUGCCCAAGGCGUGGCUGGAGCUUGUGUACAACGUUGUGGCCUCGCUGCUGUACCUGUCGGCCGCCAUCCUCUGGGCGGUGUUUGGCUACUGGGGCUACUUUGAGCGCAGGGAGGACAGCAGGUACUUCUGCAGCGGCUGCUCUCUGGGGGAUCUCCACGUGGUCAUGGCCGGCGCGCUGCUCAACCUCCUGCUCUACAUACUGGACCUGGUCAUGUCCAUCAAGGCUCGCUAG